CCCGCGAGUGGAGGUAUGCGCGGCGGGCGCGGCCGGAGCCGGAGCCAGAGCUGCCGCCGCUGCCGCCGCGGCGCCCGCGGGUCCUAAUGCCUGUCCGCUCCCAGGACGCCGGCAGCGGCAGCCCGGAGCCCCCGAGCCCUCCGCGGCAGGUCUGCCCGUCCUCCCCGGCGCUCUGAUUGGAUACGGUGGGGGCUCGACGGUGGCCGGCGUGGGACAGCCUGGCCGUGGCAGGGGUCUCGGAAACCAUGGGCUAUUGCAAUGGCAGGUGCACGCUGAUCUCUAUCUGUGGCAUGCAACUGGUUUGUGUGCUGGAGAGGCAAAUAUUUGACUUCCUUGGAUAUCAGUGGGCACCUAUCCUGGCAAAUUUUGUACAUAUUAUUAUCGUCAUUCUUGGUUUAUUUGGAACUAUUCAAUAUAGACCUCGUUACAUAAAAGGAUAUGCUGUCUGGCUAGUCCUCUGGGUUACGUGGAAUGUGUUUGUUAUCUGCUUCUAUUUGGAGGCUGGGGACCUCUCAAAGGAAACAGACCUUAUCCUGACUUUUAAUAUUUCAAUGCACCGAUCUUGGUGGAUGGAGAAUGGACCAGGAUGUACGGUGACCUCAGUGACACCUGCCCCAGACUGGGCCCCAGAAGACCAUCGCUACAUCACGGUCUCAGGGUGUUUUCUGGAGUACCAGUACAUAGAAGUGGCUCAUAGUUCCCUCCAGAUUGUCCUCGCACUGGCAGGGUUCAUCUACGCCUGUUAUGUUGUGAAAUGUAUAACUGAAGAGGAGGACAGCUUUGAUUUCAUAGGUGGCUUUGAUUCUUAUGGCUAUCAAGGGCCUCAGAAGACGUCUCAUUUACAACUACAGCCUAUGUACAUGCAAAUUCCCUUGGAUAACAACUGAUAACAAAUUCUAUAUAUCAGCAUCAAGUGAUAUGCUGAGUUGCAAGCGAGGAUCAAAAUAGAAAGUCGAAAUAAUACAUAUGGCUUCAUAAUGUCAGCUCCUGGACCUUACAAAAAAAAAAACCACUUGUUUCACAGUGGCCUCCUGCAUUUUAUGAAGAGCAAGAAGCAACUGAGUUUAAAUAUACAUACGUUUUGACAGAACAAACACCAAGCCUCACGCUUCACAUACCAAACACCAAGCCUCGCAUACACCAGGACACACACACACACACACACACACACACACACACACACACUGAGACACACACCAGUUCCACUUGGCCUCCUCUUCCUAACUAAAACAGAUGAAAAUGCAGGACACGCCCAGCUUGGACUUCCUGAAAGCAGGCUUCUUUCUCCCAGGCCUUUGGAAAGUUCAAAAGGAGACGUGUUGGUGCCCUCUGCUGGCCGUCACUAACUCCGCUGCUGCUCAGCCGGUGGGCCUCUGGGAACUGUCAAGUCAUCCAGGGCACAGUAGCUGGAGAGUCCUGUCUUCUGCACUCCAGACAUCUUGAUAGCACCAAGGCUCCGUAGGCAACAAAAUUGCAAACACCAACAAACAAAACAUGCCAUGAUGACCUGGUAACCAAAGUCUGAAUUGGCAGGUUGUUUGCCCUAAAGGCUGUCCCGUACAUACUUGCCUUAACCCACCUAAGUUGUGCGCCCGAGAAUCUCAGUGCAGACAUCCCCAAGUCACUUCCUUUAGGCUAACUCACUGCUAUUAAUUCCGAAUGAGUUCGAGUCUGUAUGUUUUAUGUCAAGAAGCAAGACUGAAUAGCCCAGCAGCUCCAGUGUGUCUGUGUACGAGAAAACUGCCAGCUGUCAGCAAAGUGCUUUACCAUUGAGCCUCCACAGUGGCCAAAAAGAGACAAGUACCAAUAACAACAACAAUAAUCAUCAUCUUUAUAAUUCUUCAGUAUGGGCUUCUGAUGGGGUUGGGCGGGGGCAAAGUAAGACUUCAUCAUCUACUAACGUCAUUAAUCUACUGGAAGCAGAAAUGGCAUCACUCACUGACUUUAUUUAUCGCACUCUAGGUGCUUUUCUAAGUAUCUACAAAUGUCUUUUACUAACACAGAAACAACUGUGGAUUUCUAUCAACAGAGGCCAACUGAAUAUGUAUUAGCUAUGUUUACUCUUUUAUAUCUAAUUCACAUUGAAGACCCUACGUAGGUGAACUUUUUUCCCUAACUUCCAGCGUAUGAGAUUAUUUUUGGGGUGGGUGGGGGAGGGAGCAAUAGUUAUCUUGGUGACAUAUUUGAGAUCUUCUUGUGGUGAUUGGGGGAUCCGUUGUGUGGUAGAGUGUAUUUGAAUCCUCCUAUAUUCUUGUGACAGAAAAAACUGUGCUGUUAACGUAGUUGGCAACAAGAUGCCUUUGGAAACUUAAUAGUAGGUCACUGUGUUUAUGAAAUAAUCUGAAUUUCUAGGAAAUUUUGUUCUAUAUAUUCAAGCAUUAUUUGGUUUUCAUGAGUGGGAAACAUAAUUAGCUCAGGCUUGUCAGGAAGUCAGAUGAGUCACAUUUUUUUUUCUUGGAUCCACCUGAGACAUUAAAAACAAAAUUUUUAAACAAGUAUAGCAUGCUUAAGUGCAGCAAAAUUCAGACUUGAGACACUAUACAUUGGCAUGAAGCAACUUUUUCUCUUGGUUUCUAUGAAGUUUCAGUUCUUGGGUCAACCUACUUUGGACCUUAUCCCAUCCGGAACUACAUAAACCAUUCCCAUUACUAUGUUGCAUGGAUAUCAGUGAUACACACGCAUAUCCACUUGAAAAUGAUAAAGGAACAAAGGUUGCUAUUGAAACAUAAACUACAAAAAAGGGUUCCAGCACUUGUGCUUGAAUUUUCUCAGUGGCUCGUAUACGUUUGUCCAUAUAUACAUGUAAUCAAACGGAUGAUUAUAAACAUGUCAGUGAAACCUCACCUAAUCAUUUUAUAGUGACAUGCAUGUUUACUCUAUGAGAAACAUAUUUACCAAUGUACUGUCCUUUGAGUCUUAAAUUAUAAAUACUCUACAUGCCAGAAACUACUCUAAUGGAACUAUUCAUGUGACAAUUUAAAAAAUGAGGUUUCACUGUACAUUCAUGCUGUGAUCAGUUUCUACCUUCCAGGACAUGUAUGUGGACAAGAAUUGAAAUGCACAGAAAAGCCCUCAUCUUCCUGCUUUAAGUUGCAGCCAAGUCACCACCUAACCACUACUAUCAUCACCACCAAAACUUUUCCAAAACCAGUUGUUGACUACUAAACGUCAUCAGUGGACAGGUCGCUGCUGGGAGCAGUGAGCACAGUAGUGUGAUUCCAUCUGGAAAAAAAAAAAAACAUCCAAGUUGUACAGCUGUAUCCUCCUCAAGAUCCGGUGAAGAAUGCUAUUUUUCUAGGCUGAGCUUUUGUUAUAAACCUAAUACUCAGAAGGCAAGAGUUACAAACCUGAUGUGUCCUUUUUCUUUUUUUUCUUCUCUUCCUUUUUUGCGUUUAUUAAUUCUGAAUGUAUUUUUAACAGAGUGAUUUUUUUGACUUACUAGUGUAAUUUGCAUUUUAAAAAAUAAAUGGAAAAACAA